AUGCCAUACGUGCAUUACGACGUUGCAAAAGCACCUGGAGAUGAAGAGGGAGAUGACGUUGUGGAUGCCUGCAAGCUUCAGGCGCUUUUGUGUGACAAUGGUGCUCUCUUUGAGGUCUGCCAACAUGCAGUUCGGAUUGCUACCGAGCCUAUAGCUUGGGACCGGCGUGGUGUCGCCAAGCAGAUCCGACCGACUUUGAGGAACCACGUAUGCCGGCACUGCGGAAUUGACUCCGUGGACAGGGAAGAGGCCGAUGAGCUUUGGGAUGGUCCAAUGGAUGUGGGUGUCUUCUAUCAGUUUGCGCGCGAGUACUUCAGUUCGUUGUGCCGCGUCCUCACGAUGGAUGUUUCACUCUUGCAGAACGAGUGA